CUGGGCAGCCAGUGUCGGGGGUUGCCCCUCCUGUCCAAUACAACCCCCCACACCUGGCCUGCAACUAGAAGUACUGUCUUCCGGCCAUUCCCCUGGGGCCCCAGCAGCUGUCCUCUGAGGCCUCAUUAGGUGGCUGGUGUCUCCGGCGGGACCACUGAGCUGUGACGGGCAGGUCUGACAUCACAGCCUGUGGUAAGUCACUGGGGGCUAAGAGAGGGGGCCCCAGCUGAGGAAGGGCAGGCCACCACGGAAGCAGUGCCUGCAGCAGCUCCCCUCCAGACCCCACCUGCUGAUCUCAGCUGACUACUAGUACAACACAGGAGGCCCCAGCUCAGGUCUCAGGCCUCCUGGCCAGGCCCUGAAAAACAUUCCCGUCCCACCAAGAGGCAUGCAAGGGCUGCUGCUCUUCUGCCCUGUCCUGGCUAUGGAACGGGGUUUCUCAGGACCAAGGAGGCCCAGACGAGCUGGAGGAUGGGGGUUCAGCUAAGUAAAGGCUCGGGGGGAACUACAAGUACCCCUGAGUGUCUCCUUCAAUAGUCACUAGUCCAGAGACCUAGUGGGGAGAAGGGGCUUGGGUUCUGCUGCCUCCUUCAUGGGGACCCUAGGCUGCUGAGAGGGCGCUGGUUGUGGCCUCUCCCUCAGGGAAGGGCUGGCAUGGAAGCUGAGGUUUGGUCGGCCUUGGCUCCUAGCUUCCCCUUCCUCAAGUGCCGUUGGAGGCUGAGCAUCUCCCCUGCUCUCACGCUCUCAAGCUCUCACGUGGAGCCGGGGCCCCAGCCCUCCCCUUGGGCAGACACGAGGUGAGGGCUCCCUUGCCAGCCCCUCCUCCCUCCUCUCCCUGGCUUUGCCUCUUCCUGCCUGUGGGCCACUGAGGUGUGGAGGGAGGGAGAGCCACUCUUCCACCCAGCUCACAAGGCACAGCGCUCGCACCUUCCACUGCCGGCACGGCUGCUCCAUCCCACCAUGGACAGGUGGUACCCAGGCGGCAGCUCCAAGGGCGAUGUGGAUCCAUUCCACUAUGACUAUGAGACUGUGCGCAAGGGGGGUCUGAUCUUCGCUGGCCUGGCCUUCGUUCUGGGGCUUCUCAUCAUCCUCAGCAAAAGUCUCCGCUGCGGGGGCAAGAAGCACCGGCAAGUCAAUGAGGAUGAGCUGUGAUAACAGAGUCAGCUGUGCCCACAUGGGCCCUGGCCUGGCCGGUUGGCGGUGGGAAGACUUCCCGGGGCUGAGGCCUUUGUUCCCAGCACUUCCUGACCCUCAGCUGACGGAAGCACCAGGUUCAAUGUGACCCCUGGGUGGGUAUGGCCCCUCCACUCAUGCAAGUAAUAAAACCCUUCAGACCGGGCUCCUUCCUAGGCCUGCCUGCCUUCUUCUCUCCAUAACCCCCAGGACCUGCUCCCCCCAGCUGGAGUCAAGUACAGCCUGGUCUCUGUGUCUUGAUUAAUUGCUCAGGUGCGUG